AUAUGAGUAGAUCUAAUAGCAGCCACAUCAGUAGAAUCAAUGUGAACACCAAACUCCAUCUAAAAGGAAAUAAGGGAAGAUCAAUUCAAGAUAUCAAAAACUUGUUCGACACGAAAUCGAUGAAGAAGUAUUCUGAACAAUUGAGAAAGAACAGAUUUUCUAAAUAACAAAGUCAGACUUUCCCAAAUAAAUUUGGAUUUGAAACAGAAUGAAAGCCAAAUGUUCUUUACCAAGCGUUGAAAUAGCUCAUUCAAAUUAAGGCUUCCGAAUAGAGAACUCAAAAGAUCCAAACGCUUUAGUUCUAGAGGGUCUCUCCAAUCUCUAAACAAGGAAGUUCUAGUUAGUAAAGCUAGUGGGAGGAGCGUCUCUCAGCCUAGACCUCUUCUAUGUAAAAGAGAUUCAAAGAUAGUAAACCCUAAAACACAGAGAUCAUCUCCAAAGAGGAUUGGAAUAAUGGAAUAUGAGACACAGUUCUUCAGGACAAAUCUCAACAUGGGUGUCCUAAACAAUAAAGAAUACCUAACCAGGUGCAAGAAGAUUGACCCAAAAAUGGGAAGCAACAAAGUGUUUGGAAUCAUUUACUGCAGCCUGCAGGAUAUCUGGAAAGAUAAAAAGGAAUACUGAAAUCAACUCAGGAAUAUGAGAAAACACGAGGUUUUGAAGGCAGCUCGUAAGAACUCUGAGUAAUUUCUUAUGUAAAAUUUUAAAAAUUCCCAAAGAGUCUUCCUAUAUAUCUGCAAGCCCUACUAGAUGGAGACGCUC